CUCGGCUCCUCGCCGCCUCUCAUUGUCGGGAGGAGAAGCCCCAGCUCGCCAGCCAGUCAGUCCGCGGGGCCGGAUCAGCAACUCCAAGCGGGCCGCCGCCCCCCCCCUGCCGCGGAGUGUGGGCAGCCGGGGCGGGCAGAGCCGGCGGUUCCUGCCGGGCCUUUUAGGAGGGAAGCGGAGGGGAGAAGACGAAGGCGAAGAAGAAACUCUGGGGCGCCCUGGGGCUCCUGCGCGCCGCGCCGAAGGGAAAGCAGUGGCGGCGGCGGCGCUGGGGAGGAGGACCGGUGCCGAUUCUCUACGAAGCCUUAUGAAAUCAAGGAGAAGAACCAACCAACCAUCAAAUUUCAUUUGAGACCUAGGAAAGGGAAAUAAACUGAGCGGCAAACAUGGCCGACUACUCGUCUUACAAAGAGACCUCCAAUCGGCAUUUGCGCUUCAAACUUCAGAGUCUCAGCCGCCGCCUUGAUGAGUUAGAAGAAGCAACAAGAAAUCUCCAGAAAGCAGAGGAUGAGUUAUUAGACUUGCAGGAUAAAGUGAUCCAGGCGGAAGGCAGCAACUCCAGCAUGUUGGCUGAUGUGGAAACCUUGAGAAAGAGAGUUUUGAAAAUAGAAGGCAAGGACGAGGAGAUCCGAAAGGCAGAGGAGCUCUGCCACCUGAUGAAGACCAAGCUUGAAGAAGAGGAGAGCCUCACCCGAGAACUGAAAUCUGAAAUCGAGAGGCUCCAGAAGCGAAUGGCUGAGCUGGAGAAACUGGAGGAGGCUUUUGGUCGGAGUAAGAACGACUGUACUCAGCUUUGCCUCAGCCUCAAUGAGGAGAAAAACCUGACCAAGAAGAUUUCGACAGAAUUGGAAAUUCUUCGGGCGAAAGUGAAAGAACUGGAACAGUCAGAAGACCGGCUGGAUAAAACAGAGCAAAGCUUAGUGAGUGAACUGGACAAAUUGAAAUCUUUAGCCCUCAUUUUUGUCAACGAAAGAAAACAUUUCACUGAAAAGGAGAAGCAGAGUGAAAAGCUGAUACAAGAGCUCACCCUAAAGCUGGAACAGAAUAAUAAAUUCAAUCGGGCUGACCAAACGCGCAAUACAUCAAACCUCUUGGAGAGAUCAUCCAACAGUAUAAUUGACAGAAAUGACCUGAGGAUUGAGGUUGACUUGACAACUUCAGCACUAUCCUCAAAAGAAACCAGGAGAAAAGCUAGCUUGGACUACCUAAAACAUGUGGAAAACGAAACUCGGAACAAAUCGGAAAACCAGAAGAAUAAAAACCAAGAAGACAACAAAGUGAGGGACCUCAAUCAAGAAAUUGAGAAGCUGAAGACCCAAAUGAAACAUUUCGAGUCUUUAGAAGAGGAGCUGAAAACCCUAAGAGCCAAAAACAAUGACCUCCAUGACAACUACUUGAGCGAACAGAAUAAGAAUAAGAUCCUCGUGGGCCAGCUGGAAGAAAUAAAAACAGAGAUGAAAAAGCAGAAAGAGCUGGAGAAUGGUGAAGCAGAGAUGGAGGAAGUGAACAUGCCCAGCCGAGUUAAGCAUGACCGGCCCAAGCAUCGAAUGGUUACAACCGAGUCAGCGGUUUCUAAACAUAAGUCACGGGAACUUUCACCUCAACACCGGCGGGAGAGGCUACGCAAUCGAGAAUUGAAUAAUGAAAGUUACGGCCAAAGUAGCAAGCGAGUUACAAGCCCUAAUAUGAACAGCAGAAGGGCUGCCAAAACAUCUGGCACAUAUACUGUAUUAGACUCUUUAUCAACUGAUGCUAAACGGGUAGAAGACAAAUCCACCUUAGGCGUGAACAGUUCUCUACCAAAAGACAACGGCACCUCUGCCACUGAAGUGAAGAAGUCUAGGGAACAGCCUUCAGUGCUUAGCCGUUAUCCACCUGCAGCCCAGGAGCAUAAAUCUUGGAAGGCCUCUCCAAAACCCAAGCAUGAAAAUACCACAAAGAAUAGAGUUGAAAAAGGACCCCAACCACUGAACGAUGCUCAUCACAUUAAACCUGAUGAACUUGAAGACCAGCCCAGCAAACCAGAAUUCACAGGGCCUUCUUCUGAAAAGGGACUAAGGAUGCAUGCCGCAGAAUCGCUGGUUCUCACAGCGGAGACUCGCACCUCCAAAGCUAACGGUGGGCCACCCAAUGGUGCUGCUUUGUCCUAUGGGCAGCAUCCCUCAGGAGAAACCUCAACUUCUGAGUCGGUGAGCUUGAAGACGGAAACUACGUUUUCAGCUCGCAGGCAGCCCUUGGAAGAGGACUCUCAAAAGGCAGUCCUCUUCCAAAAUAGAGAGCCCGUGGACCUUCCACUUGAAACGACAAAACCUUCUCUUUUAUCGAAGCCUUGGCUCGUUCCGAAAAGCCAAGAAGAUACUUCGCAGAAUCAUCCAAUUCCUCAAAAAGGGGAAACAGACCAAACUUUUUUCUCGACUGUAAACUGCAACAAUUUGGACCUAAAAGCAACACGGUCCAAAGCUGCCAAUCCCAGCCGGAUCGAGAAAUCCGGCAUUGAGGAAGGGACAAGCAAAAUCGGAAACCUCUCCGCUACUUUAGACUUAGGAAUAAGAAAAGAGAACGCUUCCCGGGAAUUCACCACCUCCCGGGGAUCCGUUCAUACGUCUUCCUUUGAAAACGAUAGACAUGCCAGCAGCGAAGAAGACCUCAGUCGACUAUCCAAAAUGACAACAGCCGGUGCGAUGUCAGGCUUGAAAUCCCGACGGCCAUUUAGUCCACGGGAAGCUCUACGCUCCAAAGCCAUCAUCAAACCUGCAAUUGUGGAGAAAGACGUGAAGGAAGUCAUGGGUGGUGUGGGUUCCGGUCUGGAAACCCCCUGUGAAAAACAGCCCCCCACCUGUAAGACAGUAGCACAUAAAAUGACCAGCAGCAUCACCAUUUACCCAUCUGAGCCAAUGACUCCAAGGGGCAGCCUCAUGGACCCUACAAAGGAACAGCUGCAUGCAACCCUUCAAGCCAUUCCAAGCCAACUGUCCCCAGGAGCAGAUGCAACCAGCGUUCCUAACGACUUCUCACUUACCAAGAGCAGCAUAACCUUAAAGUUACCAGAGACCGAUAAAAACGGAGACUCUGUUCUGAGAAGCAGAGUAGAAACGGUCAUUUCCAAAAGUAGUAUUACAAUAAGGCCUUCGGACGCCACCGAAAGAAACAGCGAACUGCCCAUGGAGACGGUCAGCUGGAAGAGUCACAGCAAUCUGGCGACAAACUCAUCCGAGGCCAAGCACGUCACAGUAAGAAGCUCAUGGCGGACAAGGCGAGGAUUGCGUUCUUUGGAAGACUCUCUAGCCAAAGAGGUUGACCAUGUAAAUCCUCGGACUCCAUGUAGGUCAUCUACUGACCCUUCUAAACCGGAAGGGACCACGGCACGCAUCUACGCGAUUGAGCAGAAUUCCAGAAGGGCGAGUGCCGGGUCGAAUUCUUGGAAUACUCCAGAAUUAGACUCGAGAAGGACCAAAAGUAACUUGAGCGCAUCCGAGAUGCUAAACCAGAAAAGCUGCGUCAAUGAUCUUGUGACCGUUUCCUCUUGGAAUUGCACAGUAAUGCCAGAAGACAAAGAUUCUGCUCCCAGGAGAAAAGCAUACAGUUCUUCCUCCGAGCAACUGACGUCAAGGAGGAGGCCAGAGGUCAAGCCGGAACUGCCCCGCCAACUUCCGAGCAGCAGGGCUGAGGAACGGAGGCGGUGGUCCAGAGACCACUCGGAAGCCCACUGAAGUGGCUGAGGCUUAUUUCCUGUUGCAGUUUGCAUGACUUCCAGACCUGGAACAGCAUCGUUCUCCUGCUGCUGCUGAUGCCAGUCCACCAUGAGGGACUGAUUCGGUGCCUGACCUUUUACCCCCUUUCAGUGCUCAAGUACUCUCCCUCUUCCCUCCCCCCCCAACCCAGAUGGAUUUUUCUUUUAAUGGUGGCUUUGCGUUCUCCUUCUCCUCCACGAAGGAGGAAUGUGGAGAUUUUGCUCAGGGGAAUCCCACUCCGGAACUUUACCGAGCGCGAAUCAAUGGAGACCCUCAGCUAGCAACUUGCUUGGAAGCAUCCAAGAACUUUGGAUAUUUGGCUUGGGUGUUUAAUCGACUCCAUUCCCGGAGCAGCUUUUGGUUUGGUUUGACUUGAAAGUCCCAUGGAAAACCACUUUGGACUUGGGUCUGCUGGUCCUCAGCUUUGGAGAGCCAUUUACCUGACACCUCCUGGCCACAGCUCUUGAAGAACGGCCUAGCAGGGUUUCACAGGCCAUUGCUUCCCAGUAGCAGCAUCUCUUUUUCCUCCUCCUCCUCCUCCUCCACCCGCAUUGCAACCGUUUGGCCGCUCAUACCGAUGUUUGACUGAGCCAUCUAGAGAAGCAAUAAAUUUGAGAUGCGUCUCCUC